AUGAUUGGGCUGGACCCGACUUUUCCCGUUGCCUUUGGCCCUCUUCCAGCUGAAAGCAGUAAUGUAGAGCUUGGACUCGCUCCUGCCAGCGAAAUUAACCUUGCGUAUUCCGAUAUUGAAACCAUUGCCGAAGCAGGAAGCCAAUCUCGACUUGAUGGUGUAGUACACUUCGGAGACAGCGUUCUAUCAGCUCUCGAAUUGUGCGCUGGUAUUGGAACCUUUGGUAUUGACCACAUUGCCGACUUGCUUGGGGAAUCUACCACAUAG